AUGGUGUGCAAAGUUGAUCUCCCAUGGCGCGUGAAUGCCGGCGAUUUGCUAAAUGGCAGCUGGCCGCUAGCCAUGCCUAUUGUUUUCCCGGAGUCUCCAGAAUUUGCUCCCUGUAGCAACCCACCUUGCGAGAAUAUUACCCGACUAGGGUACUCACCCAAAUCGCCAGAAAAGCGCCACUAUCGAGUCCCCUGGGAUCCAUUCUCCGGAUACGUUUGUGGUGUUUGUCAUGAGUUCCGUCGAACUCACGACGGGCAACUUCCUACGGCCCAAACCCUUAAAGGUCUUAUGGAAGUCUCCAAAAUACGCGGGUGGACGAAUAGAGUCCGAGGGGGUCUCAUGCCAGACACAGUCAUUGAAUGUUCGAAAGAAGGUUGUAAAGCAAUUGAAGAAAACAACGCUGUGGGAAGAGACUACCGUUUUCGGAUUUGGCAUGGUCAGAUCUACUGUCCAAAGCACCAAACUGCUCUAUCGGCGGUUGAUCGUUGGGCGCGAAAGAGCCAAGAAGCCCUUAGCCCGCGCCGCAAAGGCCAGAAGGGAAUGGGCUGGUUUGCCAAGUUGACUAUUGCCGUAUCGGUGCGCAUGGAUAUCUAG